ACCGUCGGGGCCCGCAUGGCGCCCCCGCCCCGCGCGGCCCGGCCCCCGGCCGCCGCGCCCGCGCCCUCGCUGCUGCUGCCGCUGCUGCUGCUGCUGGGCGCGGCGGGCCGCGCGGCGCCGGGCCUGGGCUCCGAGCUGCAGCUGGAGCGGCGCUCCGUGCCCGAGCAGUGCCCGCGGGCCGUGCGCGCCGGGGACUUCGUGCGCUACCACUACGUGGGCACCUUCCCCCCCCGGAGAAUUUUUGGAGCCAGCUAUGAUCGCGGCUCCACCUUCAACGUGCUGGUGGGGAAGGGUCAGCUGAUCGCCGGCAUGGACAAAGCCCUGGUCGGCAUGUGCGUGAACGAGAGGAGGUUCGUGAAGAUCCCCCCGCAGCUCGCCUAUGGAAGCGAAGGCGUCCCCGACGUCAUCCCCCCGGACUCCGUGCUGCACUUUGACGUGCUCUUGAUGGACCUCUGGAACUCGGAAGACCAAGUUCAAGUUCACACUUAUUUCAAGCCGGCCAACUGUUCUCGGACGAUCCAGGUGUCGGACUUUGUGAGGUACCAUUACAACGGCACCUUCUUGGAUGGCACGCUCUUUGACUCCAGCCACAACCGGAUGAAAACGUACGACACCUACGUGGGCAUCGGCUGGCUGAUCCCCGGCAUGGACAGAGGCCUCCUGGGCAUGUGCGUCGGGGAGAAGCGGAUCAUCACCAUCCCGCCCUUCCUGGCCUACGGGGAGGAGGGCGACGGGAAGGACAUCCCGGGGCAGGCCUCCCUGGUGUUCGACGUGGCCCUGCUGGACCUGCACAACCCCAAGGACGGCGUGGCCGUGGAGAGCACGUUCCUGCCCCGGGACUGCGAGCGCCGCAGCCGCGCCGGGGACUUUCUCCGCUACCACUACAAUGCCUCCUUGCUGGACGGGACCUUGUUCGACUCCAGCUAUGCUCGGAACCGCACGUUCGACACCUACAUCGGCCAGGGCUAUGUGAUCGCCGGGAUGGACGAGGGGCUGCUGGGCGUGUGCAUCGGGGAGAGGCGCCGCAUCGUGAUCCCCCCGCACCUGGCCUACGGGGAGGAAGGGCGAGGGAACAUCCCCGGCUCGGCCGUCCUGGUCUUUGACAUCCACGUGGUCGACUUCCACAACCCGUCGGACUCGGUCCAGGUCACAUCCCGCUACAAGCCGGACAACUGCUCCGUGCUGAGCAAGAAGGGCGACUACCUCAAGUACCAUUACAACGCCUCGCUCAUGGACGGCACCAGGCUGGACUCCACACUCAGUCUGGGCAAAACCUACAACAUCGUGCUGGGAUCCGGACAGGUGGUGCUGGGGAUGGACAUGGGUCUGCGAGACAUGUGUGUGGGAGAGAAGCGCACGGUGGUCAUCCCGCCCCACCUGGGCUACGGGGAGGCCGGCGUGGCGGGAGAGGUGCCAGGAAGCGCCGUGCUGGUGUUCGACAUCGAGCUUCUGGACCUGGUGUCCGGCCUGCCCGAGGGCUACAUGUUCAUCUGGAACGACGAGGUGUCCCCCAACCUCUUUGAAGAGAUCGACAAGGACGGCAACGGCGAGGUCCUCCUGGAGGAGUUCUCCGAGUACAUCCACGCCCAGGUGGCGGCGGGCAAGGGCAGGCUGGCGCCCGGCUUCGAGGCGGCCGUGAUCGUGCAGAGCAUGUUCACCAACCAGGACCGCGACGGCGACGGCCGAGUCACGGCCGAGGAGUUCAAGCUCAAGGACCAGGAGGCCCGACACGACGAGCUGUGACCACGCGGGGGAGGGGCGGGGCAAGGCGGGGACCCCCCAGUUCUAACGUGUAAAGACUUUUCCUUGCUUUUAUUUUCUAAUUUUGUGUUUAAGCACUUUCUCUAGAUGUAUCGAGUCAGGGAG